AUGAGGACCGAUCGGGACUACAACGAGACCUUGCAAUCUGAUCAGUCCACGGAGUUUUCCAUGUCCAGUCCGAGGGCGAGCAGCUUUCUUUCGCUGUACUCUUCGGGCACCGGCGAGGGAAUUGAUUUGAUUGAUGAUCUUUCGAGGGCUCUGCUUGGGAGCGGAUGGACCCUUUUUUCAGGACAGCUAAAAGAAUCCCGAGAAUCGAAAUGGGAUGCGAGUGAAUAUUGUGCCGCCAAACAGGUGACUGAGGACGGAAUUGGGGAUUAUCUAGGGAAGGAACAAAAGGCAUCAUUACAUGGAUUGGACAAAGAAUCCCUCAAUGGUAGUAAUGAUCAACAACCAAGGUGGAGAAAAUGGGGGUUAUCUCCAAGCAGCAGUCCAUCGACAAUCACUAAAUUCGGGUCAUCAAUCAUAUUCCCACUGUAUGGCAAUGUAUAUCCCAAUGGGUUUUAUUUUGUUCAGGUUUACCUGGGAUACCCACCAAGGCCUUAUUUUCUUGAUCCUGACACAGGCAGCGACCUCACGUGGGUACAAUGUGAUGCCCCUUGUGUUCGUUGUACAGCGGGAUUUCAUCCGCUUUAUCGCCCAAGCAAUGACCUUGUUGUGUGUAGAGAUCCUCUUUGCGCUUCCCUUCACACGUCCGAUUACACUUGUGACAACCCACAACAAUGUGAUUAUGAAGUCGAGUAUGCAGAUGGAGGCUCAUCCCUGGGAGUGCUCGUCAAUGAUUUCUUUACCCUAAAUCUGACCAGUGGGGUCCGUGUGAGUCCUCGUUUGACUAUUGGGUGUGGCUAUGAUCAAUUACCUGGAGCAUCUGAUCACCCGUUAGAUGGUGUAUUUGGCCUCGGAAAAGGAAAAUCGAGCAUUGUUUCUCAACUUCGUGAUCAAGGAGUCGUGAAAAAUGUUAUAGGCCACUGCUUAAACGGACGAGGAGGUUUUCUUUUCCUAGGAGACAGCGCUUAUGGUUCUUCACGCAUAACAUGGACACAAAUGUCACGUGAGCACACAAAGCACUAUGCGGCAGGAUCAGCAGAGCUACGUUUUGGCGGGAAAAGCACGGGAUUCAAGAAUCUGAACAUAAUCUUCGACAGUGGGAGCUCUUACACGUACUUCAAUUCUCAGAUCUACCACUCGCUUCUUACUUUUAUACAGAAAGAACUAAAUGGAAAGCCAUUGACAGAGGCAAACGAGGAUCACACACUCCCAUUCUGCUGGAAAGGCAAGAAACCUUUCAAGAGCACACGUGACAUUAGAAAAUACUUCAAGUCCCUUUCAUUCACAUUCCCCAAUGGUUGGAGGUCCAAAUCUCAGUUUGAAAUAACUCCCGAAUCAUAUAUUAUCAUAUCCACAAAGGGCAAUGCGUGUUUGGGAAUACUAAACGGCACCGAUGUGGGAUUGAACAGUUUCAACAUGAUUGGGGAUAUAUCGAUGCAGGAUAAAUUGUUGGUCUAUGAUAAUGAGAAGCAACUAAUUGGUUGGACUCCCGCCAAUUGCGAUCGGCCUCCAAGAUCCUCGACCAUAUAG